AUGGCUGCGGGUAAUAUUACGCUGCGGGCAAAAGGUCGCCGUAAAUCUAAAUUAUGGCUAUUAGAAGAUACUCGUGGGCGCUGGCGUGGUCGCUGCCGGCGAGCUGGCGCGCGCUGCACGCGGCGCCGGGCGCCCGAGGGGCGGCGGGCGGCGGCGCGGGGGGGCGGCGGCGGCGGCGACACGGACCUGCGCGCGUUCGACGGCUUGCGCGUGCUGUGCAUGAUGUGCGUCGUCGUCGAGCACGUCUGCUGGCUCGCCACGCAGUCCUACCUCGUCAACACCAGGCACUACGAGCUGAUGCGUCUGUCGACCGACGUCAUGAUGAUGGUGAACAGCACGCUAGUGGUGCAGAUCUUCUUCCUGAUGUCGUCGUUCCUGCUGGCGCACAAGCUGCUGCAGCGGCGCCGCCGCGGCGACGGCGCGCCCCGGUUCGCCGUCUUCGCGGAGACGCUCGUGGACAGGGUCGUCAGGGUGAGCCCGAGCUACUUCUUCGUGGUGUGGUUCGCGGCGUCGUGGUGGGCGCGCGCGGGCCGCGGGCCGCUGUGGGCGCCGCACGUGCGCGCCGAGGCCGACGUCUGCCGCCGCAAGUGGUGGACGCAUCUGCUGUACCUCAACAACGUGCUGUACGCCGACGACAAGUGCCUGAUACAAACCUGGUACCUGGCGGCAGACAUGCAGCUGUACGCCCUGUCGUUGGCGCUGACGCUGGCGCUGUGGCGACGGCGGCGAGGGGCGAUCUUCGUGCUGGCCGCGCUGCUCGUCGGAGCCGUCGCGCUGAUUUUCGCGAUCGCCUACGCCUGGCGCCUCAUCCCCACCUACGUCAUGCACAGCCCCGAGCUGGUCCGCGCGAUAUACCGCGGCGAGUCGUCGUUCAACGUGCUGUACCAGUCGCCGCUGAGCAACUCGCCGGGCGCGCUGGCCGGCCUGCUGCUGGCGCACCUGCACCAUCACCUGCUGGACGCCGGCGUCGUCCUCGCCGAGCACAAGGUGUUCCGGUGGGUGUCGGUGGCCAGCCCGCCGCUGGCGGUGCUGUGGGCGGCGCUGUCGCCGCUGCUGCUGGGCCGCGGGCCGCCGGCGCGCGGCGCGGCCGCCGCCCUCGCCGCCGUCGAGCGGCCCGUGUUCUCGCUGUUCGUCGCGCUCGGGCUGCUCGGUGCCAUGAACGGCGUCAGAUCGCCGCUGCGCACGCUGUUCUCGUGGCGCGGCUGGGCGACGCCGGCGCGGCUGUCGUUCGGCGUGCUGCUGCUGCACCUGCCGCUCAACAAGUCGCUCGUGGCCAGCAGCCUCGCGCCCGCGCAGCUCAGCCGGCAAGUCGCGAUCUUCGAGUGGUUCGGCGUGGCGCUGGUGUCGUACCUGUGCGCGCUGCCGCUGGCGCUGCUGGUGGAGCUGCCGGCGCUGCGCCUGCGCCGCGCGCUGGGCCCGCGGCCGGCGCCCGCGCCGCGGCCCAAGAAGGCCGAGCUGGCGUCCUAGGGCCGCCCUGCGGUCGCUUCUUCCGCCCGAUCCGAGUCGCCGGCGACAAGACGCCUCUUCACGCUUUCCGAGCGUUUACAAGUUGGACUAUCUUUAAUGUUGUUGCCGUUGAUUAUGAACUUGUCAUUUAUAAAUAAGC